AUGAAGCGAUUUCAAGUUUACCAAUUACUUAUCUUGAUUUUGUUAGCCACAAAUUCAACCGAAGCUUUUAAGUUUGCAAAUGAAGGUUGCAAAGAAAAGUGUGGGGAGGUCGAGAUUCCAUUUCCUUUCGGAGUUGGAGGCAGUUGUUCUUUGAACAAAUGGUACCAAGUAGAUUGUAGUAACUCAUCAAAACCAUAUCUGUCUGCAUUCGAAAAUGCAGAGGUGUUGAAUAUAAGUUUAAAACAUCAGACAAUCACAGUUAAUGUCUCAUUGACUUAUGACUACUGCCAGGAUCGAGUUUUGAAUAGUAGUCAAAUCUUAAUUAAUACCACCAAACCUGGCAGCAGUGUAAGUCCCUUCUUAUUUUCAAGAUCGCGUAAUCAAUUUGUCGUUGAGGGGUGUGGCAAUGCUGUCAUCACGGAAUUUGGGAAAACUGUCACAGGAUGCUCAACAACUUGCCACAACGACACGUUUAUUGACAGAAACAACUGCUAUGGCAUGGGUUGUUGCCAAGCAACGGUUCCUUAUUAUCUUGAUCAGUUCACCUUGAAUCUAACUGGCCUGGAAAGGCGCGGCGCAGAAGGAACCACCUGUGGGUCUGCCUUUUUGGUGGAUAAGGAUUUUUAUUUUAAUAGAAGCAUUUAUCCUAAUCAGUCCAUUGAUGAUAGCAACCAUUAUUCUCUUCCCAUAUCACUUUUCUGGCCCCUAUCAAUCAAUGACAUUCCAGUUAAUGAGCGUCCGCAGUGUAGUAAGCUAUCAUUUCAACUAAAUGAUGGUUUGUUGAAGGAUUAUAUUAGAUGCGAGUGUGAUAUAACACAUGAAGGAAAUCCAUAUCUACCAAAUGGGUGCAAUCGUAAGCCAUGUAGGAUAUGUGAACCGUCUUGUGAACUCGGUCCAGACACGGACUACGUACCGUAUUGUGACAGCUUCUCUAGCCACAAAACAUCAUCUGAUGUUAUUACAGGUGUUAGCCUAGCCAUUGGGUUGCUUAUCCUAUCGGUGUUUAUCUAUUCAGUGGACAACUUAGUAGAAAAUCCAAUUGCCAAGAGGCGGAAAAAAAAGUAUUUUAAACGCAACGGUGGGCUACUCCUUAAACAACAAGAGUCGACAGAUACCGGCUCAGUUGAUAAAACCAUACUUUUUACAUCCAACGAGUUGGACAAAGCCACUGACCAUUUUCAUGAGAACAGAAUUCUUGGCCGUGGAGGUCAAGGUACAGUAUACAAAGGCAUGUUAACCGAUGGGAGAAUUGUUGCAAUCAAGAAAUCAAAGGUGGUUGAUGAAAGCCAAAUAGAGCAGUUCAUCAAUGAGGUUGUCAUACUUUCUCAAGUUAGUCAUAGGAAUGUGGUAAAACUAUUGGGAUGCUGUCUAGAGACAAAGGUCCCGCUACUCGUCUCUGAGUUCAUUUUAAAUGGCACCUUGUAUGACCUUAUUCAAGAUGAGAGCGGUGAAUUCCCAAUGUCUUUGAACAUGAGAAUACAAAUUGCAGCAGAGGUUGGAGGAGCACUUGCUUACUUGCAUUCCGCAGCCUCCAUUCCAAUAUAUCAUAGGGACAUCAAGACAACGAAUAUACUGAUGGACGAAAAGUAUAGAGCCAAAGUUUCUGAUUUUGGAAUUUCAAGGUUUGUUUCAAUAGAUCAAACUCACUUAACUACCUUAGUAAAAGGGACAUUUGGUUACUUGGAUCCAGAGUACUUUCAGUCUAGUUUGUAUACUGAAAAGAGUGAUGUCUAUAGUUUUGGAGUUGUUUUACUUGAACUGUUAACAAGAGAAAAGCCAAUUUCAUUGGCUAGAUCUGGUGAACAUAGAAAUUUAGCUACAUAUUUUAUUACUGCCAUGGAAGAAGGUCGUGUGAUGUCUAUAUUUGAUCCUAUGGUUGUUAAUGAGGGUUCAAGUGACGAGCUUUUAGCAAUAGCUAAUUUGGCAAUUCGAUGUUUGAAUCCCAGUGGAAAAAAUAGGCCAACAAUGAAAGACGUGACCUCAGAGUUAGAAGGCAUGAGGAUACGAUGUAUGCCUUCUACAGUUGAAAUUAGUGUUGAAGAUACAAAUUACAGUGAAGAGCUACCUCUAUUUACAUAUGAUACAUCAACAUCAACAUCAACAUCAAUGAGUUUCAAAGACACUAUUUGAUUUCUCCCAUUAUCUAGUUUUAUCAUAUUGUCAAACAUAUUUUUUUUUUUAGGUAUUUUUGCAAUGCCAAAUUAUUAGUUUUUAUAAAGAAUUCAUUAUUAUUGCCUUGUA